GCAGCUCCGUCGCGCGCUCGGUCUGCGGCGGCCGGCGGGGUCGGCUUCGCUGGGGACCUCCAUUGCUGGCCCUAGGCUCCGGCCGGUGAGGCGGAGCGGUGCCCGCGCCCCGCUUCCCGAAGUCCCGCGCGCCCGGUGACCACUCGCCCGCUGCAGGGCUGCGGCCGUGACCCACUGCCGCCGACUUUCACCCGGCGUCCGGCGCGGAGCUCGCUGGCCGGCGGGGAGAGGCCCUGGUAGUGUCAGGAGGUUUCAGAGGCUCGAGUACCUCUACCGCCCGAGCAGCUACUUCUGUGGUCUUGGAGAUCAUCUUCCACCAAGAUUACUGUACGGUGUUCACCCAGCCUACCACCCCCUAGUUGCAGCCUUGGGUCCUGAUUUCCACCAAUGAAGUUUUUUAUCCUUCCUUGAACCAUGUGACAUCACUUCUUGUCCGCUGUUUCCCUUUCAGUUGCCAAAUCAUUAGCUAUAAGUUCCUGUCGGUUGAAAGUACUGAGUUGUUUGCCUGUCCACUUACAGUCCGACUGCUCACCUCCCCUCGCUAUGAUUUUCGUAGGUACUCACCUGAGUCCUUGCCUUGAAGAGAGCAUUCACUCACUUGGCUCUCCGACAAAGACAACAGCCAGGCAGUGAGUCUCCUUGCUCUGUUUUUUCUGUAUGUCAAGUUUGCAAACCUGAGUAAAACUAUUUACUAGCACAUGGCAUAAGAAAAAAGAAAACAAAUCCUGCAGUUAUGGCAAACGUUGAUCAUCCUGAGAGUGUUGUAGAAACCUCAGCAGGGUAGUAUUGAUUCAACAUAUAGCUUCCUGUAAGCUGCAACUUAUGAAAAGAACAAGGAGGAAGAAGAGAAAAUAGGGUUAAUUCUUUGUCAUAGGGACUGGUUAAGUUCUAAAACGCAAAUGAAGAGACUCAGAUUUUUUUGAAAACUGUUGCACCAUCCGAGUCUUGGGGAACAACUGAGGGCUUUUAAGGCCCCAUUUUCUAGUCUCUUUGUUCAAACCUAAGUUGUUAAUUGUCUAAAACAUUAAAAUGUUGGGGAAACGUAAACGUGUGGUGUUGACAAUUAAAGACAAACUUGACAUUAUUAAGAAACUUGAAGAAGGCAACUCUUUCAAAAAACUUUCUGUUCUGUAUGGAAUUGGUGAAUCCACAGUUCGUGACAUUAAAAAAAACAAAGAAAGAAUUAUAAACUAUGCCAACAGUUCAGAUCCUAUUAGUGGAGUGUCCAAACGGAAAUCUAUGAAGUCAUCAACUUAUGAGGAGCUUGAUAGAGUUAUGAUAGAAUGGUUUAAUCAACAGAAAACCAAUGGGAUUCCAGUGUCUGGGACUAUCUGCGCAAAACAAGCCAAGUUCUUUUUUGAUGCAUUGGGUAUGGAAGGUGAUUUUAAUGCCUCAUCUGGCUGGCUAACUAGGUUUAAGCAGCGCCAUGGUAUUCCAAAGGCUGCUGGUAAAGGAACAAAAUUAAAAGGGGAUGAAGCUGCUGCCAGUGAAUUUUGUGGUAACUUUCAGGAAUUUGUGGAAAGAGAAAAUCUCCUACCAGAGCAAAUAUAUGGUGCUGAUCAAACAGGAUUGUUCUGGAAAUGUCUACCCUCAAGGACAUUGGCUUUUGAUGCUGACCAGAGUACUUGCGAGUACAGGACAAGCAGAGAAAGAAUCAUUAUUAUGUGUUGUGCAAAUGCCACAGGCUUACACAAGCUUAAUCUUUGUGUUGUGGGGAAAGCAAAGAGACCCCGUGCAUUCAAAGGAACUGACCUUUCAAAUCUUCCUGUCACUUACUUCAGUCAAAAGAGUGCAUGGAUCGAGCCAUCUGUGUUCAAACAGUGGUUUGAGAAGUGCUUUGUGCCACAAGUGCAGAAACAUCUGAAAUCCAAAGGGCUUCGAGAAGAAGCAGUACUGCUUUUAGAUUUUCCCUCGGCACAUCCAACUGAAGAACUGUUGUGUUCAGAUGAUGGCAGAAUAAUUGUGAAAUAUUUACCACCAAAUGUCACAAGUCUGAUUCAACCUAUGAGCCAAGGAGUUUUAACCACAGUCAAAAGAUAUUACCGAGCAGGACUUAUCCAGAAAUAUAUGGAUGAAGGAAAGGACCCAAAAAUGUUUUGGAAGAAUUUGACUGUGUUGGAUGCAAUUUAUGAGGCAUCAAGAGCCUGGAACAUGAUAAGAGCAAAUACCAUAACCAAAGCUUGGAAAAAACUGUUCCCUGGCAAUGAAGAAAAUUCAAAGAUGAGCAUUGAUGAAGGAGCCAUUUUAGCAGCUAAUUUAGCAACGGUUUUACAGAAUACAGAAGACUGUGAACAUGUUAACAUUGAGAACAUUGAGCAGUGGUUUGACGCUCAGGGCAGUGGCUCAAACUGUCCGGUGUUAGCUGACAUUGUAGGUGCUGAAGACCAGGCACCUACUUUUGCUGCUGAGCAAAAGCCUUCCAGGAAGACUAGGAAGGCAGAACUGAAUCCAGAGAAGUAUAUUAGCCAUAAAGUUGCACUCGAAUGGACUGAAAAUUUGCUGGAUUAUCUAGAACAACAAGAUGACAUGCUACUUUCUGAUAAGCUGGUAUUACGGAGGCUUCGGACCGUUAUAAGACGAAAACAAAGGAUUCAAAAUAAAAGUCAUCUAUAGGACUCCCUUCUCUUGCUAUGUAUAUUCAUCUCUGUGACGUUUGUCUGUAGUGGAAUUUAUCUAAAGCCAAAUAAAUGUUACAGAUGAUUUUAGAAUUAGAUGCUGUUUUGGAUUACUUAAAUUACAGCUCUUUAACGUUGGCUCUGAUUGAGCAGUGGCGUGAAAUUCAUUUGUUGGUGUCUAAACUGUCAUUCUAACUAGAUCAUAAGACACUGAAGCCUGGGACACAUUGUAUGCUGCAUUUCAACAUGUCUAGUGAUGGGCCAUGAGCACUGUAGGCACUCAAUAAAUUAUCUACUGAAAUUGAA